GACGGCCCCGAGGUCGUCGAGAUUGCACCCAUUUCCCCUUUGACUGCGAUUUCCGAGCCGAUCAGGAGGCGAAGAUCGUCUGGAAGCGCAGACUUUGCAAUGUCAAGGAGACCACCAAGUAGUCGGUUGAGGCAAGUGUCCAUCGGACCUCAGUUAGAUCGAUGGGAUGCUAUGAAAACUCGGCUUGGUGUUGAAUCGCAUGCUCAGCUUGCAGAAGUGCUGCUGGAUGGCAUGGAAGCCAUUCUUGAUGGAGAUGUGGUAUGGGGUACUGAGUGUUGUAAUCCUACUCUCAAGAAUAAACUAGCCAGCUUCUUCAAGCGGAGAGCCAUUCCUGCCCUUAUUGUGCCCAGAGCUUUACGGUCAGCCUCAGUCUCUAGGAUCCCAGGCAGCAGAAAAAAGUCACCAGUCAAGCUGAAGAUUACUCUCAAGAGAGAUGUGAAAUCUGCCAAGGGACAAGAUGUGAAUGGCCGUGAUGAGGAAGAAGGGCAAGUAGACGGAGAUGAAGAUGAUGCAAGUGAUGAAGACUGCAAUAUGGAGAUGGAAGACAACGUAGAGGAUUUGGACUAUUCACCUCAUGAACCUAGCCGUCAUGGCUUGAAGAAAGCAUGGUUGGGCCGUCACCUCAAAGGCAAGAAUAAAACAAAGCAACAAAGAAAAAGGCAGGUGUCAAAGAUGUCUAAGACGAACCAUGAAGAAGAUGAAGAUAUUGUAGCUGAAGAAAAGGUGGUGCCAGUCAAGGCUAAAAAGCUUGGAGGCAGUGAGACAUCUCCAAGGAAAAAGCUGAAAUGCACCACAGCUCGGAAGAAGCUCUUAAUAAAACAGCUGAGGCAGAAGAAAAAGUCCAAGGCUACAACGAAAACCAUAGAAGAACUGUUUGGUGCUGGUGCUGUUCUUAAGAAGGUGUACUGGUGUCGUAAGUGUUCUUGUCAGUUGGACUCAGCAGAUGUUAUGAAGGCUCACUGGCAGACACAUCUUGCCCAGGACAGUGAAAGCAUUGAAGAAUCGAGAGUCAAGGACGAAGAUGCUGCAUCCAACAGCAAAGAUGGAACUAGUGAAGAGAUGGAGAAAGGAGGAGCAGAUGCAGAGGAUGAAGGAGAUGGUGAUCAGGAAGUCCCAGCUGAUCUUAAGAACAUCGCUCGUGUCAUGACUCGCUGCCCACUGUGCCAAAAACUCUUCUCAAACAUCCUUGCUCACACUUCUUGCCAUUCUAACUACCUGUGUGAGGAAUGUGGGAUGCUGUUCCGUCAGCGUCGUUCCCUCAAGCUCCAUCACCGGGCCGUUCAUGAGCUGGGUGAUACAGGCCAGUUACCUUUUGUCUGUAACCGCUGCGGUCGAGCCUUCCGUUGGGAAGCUAGCUUGCGCAAGCACCGUACAUUACACUCCCAGCAUCGCCACUUCAUCUGCCAGACCUGUGGUAAGAGUUUCAAAGUCCAGGCCCAUCUUAAGCGGCACGUGAUCAUGCAUGAAGAGGUGAAGCCGUUUGUCUGUCCUUUCUGCGGACGUCGCUUCACAGAACUCUCCAACAUGAAGGUUCACACCCGGGUACAUACAGGAGAAAAGCCCUAUGUAUGUGACAUCUGUAAGAAGGCCUAUUCACACAAAGUCAGCUUGAAGACACACAAAAAGAAAGAACACGGAAUUGACAUGUGGCAGCUGGGAUAUAUCACGCAGCCAGUCAUCGAGUUUGAUGACGAAGGUAAAGAGACUGAGUACAGCAUUGCUAGAAGGACACGUCGGCCCAACUUCAACACGUCAGGUAAAACUAAGAAGAAGAAAACUCAGCCAGGGAAGGAUGCAUCAGCACCAGCAGAGACUGCUGUCAAAGGCGAUCAAAUGACACAGUUCAUCAAAGAAACAAAUCAGGAGAAAGAUUCCGAAUCAAAUGACAGGAUGGAGAGAGAGAAUUCUGAAACUCCCCAGGCUUUACCCACUUCACCACCGCUAUCAGGAGCUCCAGACCCAACACAACACUUUGUAGAAUCCAAGAUGCAGACACCAUUACAGCAUGCUCCAUAUCAACCACCACCACUGCAGCCACAGCAACAACAGCAUCUCCCUAUCCAUCCAUCAAUGCAACCCCAACCCCAACCAGAGGUACAUCCCCCACAGCACAUGCACCCACAACAUCUACAGAUGCACAACCAGUCUUAUAGCCACACCCAUCCCGUUGAGCCGGAUCAGCAUCACUUGGAUGAUGACAUGGACAGUGAUCCAUGCUCACCAGAUGAGGAAGAAGAAAACCCAAGAUUGUUGCAGGCUGAACUCAUAACUAAUCAACUGCGCCAUGCACAGCGUUUACAACUUCCUGAGAACAACCUGCCCUCACAGCCAUUGCCGCUGCAAAUCCCUCAUUCCCAAGCACUUCAGUUAGGUCAGCAGCAACAGCAGCAGCAACAAAUCCCGUCGCACACCCAGACACAACCCCUGCCACAUAUACAGAUACCUGGUAUGCGGCAGCUUCCCCCACAGCACCAAACCAAUCAAAGACCACCACUGCCCAGUUUUGAGACGGUCACCUCACCAGAUAGGCAGGGUCACCCACAGUAUAGGCAAGGUAUGAUGAAUGCCAUGCCUGGACUUGAUCUGAAUGCCUUAGUAGCAGGGUCUAUGCCAUACAUGUACUGGGGAUCACAGCAAUACCAAGGUGCACCAGCCUACCUCCAAAGAAGCAGUGAAGAAAAUUCAAUGGAAAGUCCUAAACAGUGAGUGAUCAAAAUGUACCAAAAAAUCAGUUGGGACCAUUCACCGGUAUGUAUGCAUGCUGAAUAGUCCUAUUAUAUUUUCUUUAAUGUCAUUUGAACCCUUUUUAUAGUACAUGGUUCAGCACAUAGGAUUAUGUACUUCAUUACUACAAGCUAUGCACACUAUAAAGGGUGGCAUGUGGCAAACAUUUUGUACAAAAAUGAGAUGCAGAAUGAAACAUUUAACAGACACUAAUUGAAUGAAAUAGAAUUAAAUUGAACUUGAGAAAUCGGCAAAAGACGUGCACCUGAAAAAGUUUAAGAUCUUUGCGAAUUCAUGGAUUUUGCCAUGAUUAACAUAGUAAAUGUACUACCGAUAUCUGCCUUCCUGAGACACUGGAAACUUCCCUGAAAUCUUUGAGGAAAAAUAAUGCUCCAGCUUUGUAAGGUCAGACAUGAACCCUUCUGGAAGUCUGCCUCCAUUCAAACUCUUAAGCCUGUCGUGUUUCUCCGAAAUUUGUUGGAAAACUGGCUACCCGAAGUACUGAUUAAUAUAAAAGGAAUUUCUUCUUCAAGAACGAGAUGAUUUCCAAUUACCAACGUGAGCCACAAUUUUACCUGACAUAAGUUUAGGAAUUUGGAAUCACAAAAAGAGCACACAUUUUUCAGAUCUGUGUUUCCUGGGCCAAAUUCUAAGCCUUAACCACUUGCCGCCGGGGUUUCCAGCACCAGACACGUAUUCUUCAUAUGCGUGGCUGGGGUUUGCGAAAUCGGACAAAGUCAACUAGGCCUUGUAACAAAAGACAGUACUUGUAACAAAAGA